AGUUACUUUGAAUCUAAAGAGACAAAUCACGAGAGAAUAUUGCGAUACUUUUGGCAUACAUGGUUAUGACUUUGAACGGCGCAAGAAGGAGGAGCUUCAUUUCAAAAUCUGAUGGCAGAAGGGCAGCGUUGCUCUUCACAAUAUGCUUAUGGGGGAUUAUUUUUGGAGGCUCAUAUGCACAUUCUAGACCUAGGCCCAACUGUCCAAAUUCAAACUCACAUUCUAGACCCAAUGGUGGACACUCAAGACAAUGUCCAAAUUCUAGUUCGGAAACGGUUAAUAAACCUACUGAACCAACCACAUUGCAGGUUCAAAACCAAACAAUUAAACCAGCAUAUCCCCAAACCACAGCUAAACAUUCCAUAACUACUAUGAAAUCAGCAAUCACAGAUCCUUCCUUAGCAAGUCCAGUAGUAUCACCUCAAACAGCAGCUAGUGCUCCAAUCACAACACAAUAUGAAACAAAAAAAGUUUCCAUUACCAAAGCGUCUGAUCCAACCUCAGGUAAAGCUAAAGAUAUUUUAGUCAAUACUAUGACCACCACCACCACAACACCACCAAUAGUGCAAAUCACAAACUCUACAUCACAACAUGAACCUAAAUCAAAAGUGACUCAUCAUUCUACAACAAUGACUGUCACCCCCGAAACCUCAACUGGCCUUCCAACCUCACAUAAAGACACAAGUCCAAACCCAUCAGUAGCACCUACAUCUCCAAAAUCUACAACUACAAGACCAGAAGCUUCAACUGAGAUAACAAUGAAAUCCAACACUGUACAAAAAUCAUCAGUAUCUGCAUCAGCUGUGACCCCAACAACCACACUGAAAUCAGCAAUUACUACUGCUUCAUCUCCUAAAGUAACCAAAAGCUAUUCGACAGUGACAUUUAUGACACCAACACACAUGCCCACAUCAUCAGCAGCUACAUCUACACCUCUGACUACUACUCCAAGCUCAAUUCAAUCUGCAAAAAUAACCACUAAAGGUUCUACAACAGUGACUGUCACCCUUGAAACCUCAACUAGCCAUCCAACCUCACAUAAAGGCAUGAAGCCAAACCCACCGGUCACACCUCAACAUAAGAAAUCUACAACUAAAAGACCAGAGGCUUCUACAGGGAUAACAAUGAACUCCAACACUGUGCAAAAAUCAUCAGUAUCUACAUCAAAUGUGACCCCAACAACCACACUAAAAUCCUCAGAAACCACAAAUACACACUCAGCAAUUACUACUGCUUCAACUCCUAAAGUAACCAAUGGCUAUUCGACAGUGACAUCUGCGACACCAACACACAUGCCCACAUCUUCAGCAACAACUACACCUCUGACUACUACUCCAAGCUCAAUUCCAUCUGCAAAAAUAACCACUAAAGAUUCUACAACAGUGACUGUCACCCUUGAAACCUCAACUAGCCAUCCAACCUCACAUAAAGGCAUGAAGCCAAAGCCACCGGUCACACCUCAACAUAAGAAAUCUACAACUAAAAGACCAGAGGCUUCUACAGGGAUAACAAUGAACUCCAACACUGUGCAAAAAUCAUCAGUAUCUACAUCAAAUGUGACCCCAACAACCACACUAAAAUCCUCAGAAACCACAAAUACACACUCAGCAAUUACUACUGCUUCAACUCCUAAAGUAACCAAUGGCUAUUCGACAGUGACAUCUGUGACACCAACACACAUGCCCACAUCUUCAGCAACAACUACACCUCUGACUACUACUCCAAGCUCAAUUCCAUCUGCAAAAAUAACCACUAAAGAUUCUACAACAGUGAGUGUCACCCUUGAAACCUCAACUAGCCAUCCAACCUCACAUAAAGCCAUGAAGCCAAACCCACCGGUCACACCUCAACAUAAGAAAUCUACAACUAAAAGACCAAAGGCUUCUACAGGGAUAACAAUGAACUCCAACACUGUGCAAAAAUCAUCAGUAUCUACAUCAAAUGUGACCCCAACAACCACACUAAAAUCCUCAGAAACUACAAAUACACACUCAGCAAUUACUACUGCUUCAACUCCUAAAGUAACCAAUGGCUAUUCGACAGUGACAUCUGUGACACCAACACACAUGACCACAUCUUCAGCAACAACUACACCUCUGACUACUACUCCAAGCUCAAUUCCAUCUGCAAAAAUAACCACUAAAGAUUCUACAACAGUGACUGUCACCCCUGAAACCUCAACUAGCCAUCCAACAUCACAUAAAGGCAUGAAGCCAAACCCACCGGUCACACCUCAACAUAAGAAAUCUACAACUACAAGACCAAAGGCUUCUACAGGGAUAACAAUGAACUCCAACACUGUGCAAAAAUCAUCAGUACCUACAUCACCUGUGACAACCACACUUAAAUCUUCAGAAACCACAAAUGCACACUCAGAAAUGCUUACUUCAUCAGGAACUACACAUGCAAAUCCAACAACCACACCAUUAAAAGAACCAAUCAUUAUUCCUCAAACAUCAAAUGGAACAUCACAUCAAAAUGAUCAAACAAAGACAUCAACUAAAUCCCCAACCACAAUGCAUCAUUCCAUGUCAACAACUAAAACUGCUCCAGCAAAAACAACUGUAACCCCAGUUUUACUUUUAACCACAAAGACUACACAUCAAACCUCUUCUGCAUCUCCAACCACAAAGUCAAUUGCAACCACUAUAUCUGCAGCAAUCAAGACUUCACCUCUAACUCCUUACACAACCACUGCAAUGCCCAAAACGACACAUUUCUCCAACAAAACUCCAGUUCUAACCUCACAUCUACCUCCUGAAACUGUAUCCAAAAGUACACCUAAAGUUACAGGUACAGAAAUGCUUACUUCAUUAGGAACUACACAUGCAAAUCCAACAACCACACCAGUAAAAGAACCAAUCAUUAUUCCUCAAACAUCAAAUGGAACAUCACAUCAAAAUGAUCAAACAAAGACAUCAACUAAAUCCCCAACCACAAUGCAUCCUUCCAUCUUAACAACCAAAACUGCCACAGCAACAACAUCUGCAACCCCAGUUCUACAUUUACCCACACAGACUACACAGACUACACAUCAAACCUCUUCUGCAUCUCCAACCACAAAGCCAAUUGCAACCACUAUAUCUGCAACAAUCAAGAUUUCACCUCUAACUCCUUACACAACCACUGCAAUGCCCAAAACAACACAUUUCUCCAACAAAACUCCAGUUCUAACCUCACAUCUACCUCCUGGAACUGUAUCCAAAAGUACACCUAAAGUUACAGGUACAGAAAUGCUUACUUCAUUAGGAACUACACAUGCAAAUCCAACAACCACACCAGUAAAAGAACCCAUCAUUAUUCCUCAAACAUCAAAUGGAACCUCACAUCAAAAUGAUCAAACAAAGACAUCAACUAAAUCCCCAACCACAAUGCAUCCUUCCAUCUCAACAACCAAAACUGCCACAGCAACAACAUCUGCAAUCCCAGUUCUACAUUUACCCACACAGACUACACAUCAAACCUCUUCUGCAUCUCCAACCACAAAGCCAAUUGCAACCACUAUAUCUGCAGCAAUCAAGACUUCACCUCUAACUCCUUACACAACCACUGCAAUGCCCAAAACAACACAUUUCUCCAACAAAACUCCAGUUCUAACCUCACAUCUACCUCCUGGAACUGUAUCCAAAAGUACACCUAAAGUUACAGGUACAGAAAUGCUUACUUCAUUAGGAACUACACAUGCAAAUCCAACAACCACACCAGUAAAAGAAACAAUCAUUAUUCCUCAAACAUCAAAUGGAACCUCACAUCAAAAUGAUCAAACAAAGACAUCAACUAAAUCCCCAACCACAAUGCAUCCUUCCAUCUCAACAACCAAAACUGCCACAGCAACAACAUCUGCAAUCCCAGUUCUACAUUUACCCACACAGACUACACAUCAAACCUCUUCUGCAUCUCCAACCACAAAGCCAAUUGCAACCACUAUAUCUGCAGCAAUCAAGACUUCACCUCUAACUCCUUACACAACCACUGCAAUGCCCAAAACAACACAUUUCUCCAACAAAACUCCAGUUCUAACCUCACAUCUACCUCCUGGAACUGUAUCCAAAAGUACACCUAAAGUUACAGGUACAGAAAUGCUUACUUCAUUAGGAACUACACAUGCAAAUCCAACAACCACACCAGUAAAAGAACCAAUCAUUAUUCCUCAAACAUCAAAUGGAACAUCACAUCAAAAUGAUCAAACAAAGACAUCAACUAAAUCCCCAACCACAAUGCAUCCUUCCAUCUCAACAACCAAAACUGCUACAGCAACAACUGUAACCCCACCUCUACAUUUACCCACAAAGACUACACAUCAAACCUCUUCUGCAUCUCCAACCACAAAGCCAAUUGCAACCACUAUAUCUGCAGCAAUCAAGACUUCACCUUUAACUACUUACACAACCACUGCAAUGCCCAAAAAGACACCAUUCUCCAACAAAACUCCAGUUCUGACCUCACAUCUACCUCCUCGAACUGUACCCAAAAGUACACAUAAAGUUACAGGUUCAGAAAUGCUUAGUUCAUUGGGAACUACACAUGCAUCUCCAACAACCACACCAUUACAAGAACCAAUCAUUAUUCCUCAAACAUCAAAUGGAACAUCACAUCAAAAUGAUCAAACCAAGACAACAACUAAAUCCCCUACCACAAUGCAUCCUUCCAUCUCAACAACCAAAACUGCCACAGCAACAACAUCUGCAACCCCAGUUCUACAUUUACCCACACAGACUACACAUCAAACCUCUUUUGCAUCUCCAACCACAAAACCAAUGGCACCAACUACAUCUGCAGCAUUCAAGACAAUGCAUUCUUCCAUGCCAACAAUCAAAACUGCUACAGCAACAACAUCUGUAACCCCUGUUCUGUCUUCAGCUACACAGACUGCACAUCGAACCUCUUCUGCAUCUCCAACCACCAGAAACACUUCAACUGCAGUAACCAACCCUACACCUUCUACCACAAACAAAUCACCAACAAUGCACAAAACAACAUCAUUCUCCAAAACAUCUCCAGUUUUAACCUCAACGCUAGGAACAAUACCCAAAAGUACACCUAAAGGGACAGUGUUUACUUCAUCAGGAGCUACAUAUACAUAUCUAACAACAAAAACAUUACAAGAACCAGUCAUUAUCCCUCAAACAUCAAAUGAAACAUCACAUCCAAAUAUGCCAACAUGCAAAUGUGAGAUAGCAGUGGUUACAAGCACACUGCAGUUCAACUCCUUGUCUCCAGUGCCCAGUCAGAAUCUGGUCCUCAAUGCUAUCAGUGACCUCCAAAACUCCAGAGAGUCACAACUCAACGAUUCAGUGAAGCUGUUAAACGUCACAUAUGGGAAAAUCUCAGAAACCUCCUAUGAGGUCAAAUUAACAUUUGCUGUGAGUAACAUCAGCAUUCCGGUGGACAAGGAACAAACAAACAGCACCUUAAAAAAUCUCCAGGAUGUUGUCAAUGUUGCGGUGAACACUCUUCUGAAUGAGCCUGGCAAAGCAUCUCUGCAACCAAACUCCUCCAGUUUCCAGAUCACUCCAAAUCAAAUUAAUGGCGCUUUGAAUUAUAUCAUCCAAGAUGGAGAUGCCAUACAACCAGUCAGCUUCCUACAAAAGCUCCAGUCACUCAAGGGAUCGUCCACUACAUCAGCAUCACCACUGACAACAAGCAGCUCACCUGUGACAUCUGGUUCAGCAGUGGUUACAAGCACACUGCAGUUCAACUCAUCUCCAGUGCCCAGUCAGGAUCUGGUCCUCAAAGCUAUCGGUGAUCUCCGAAACUCCAGAGAGUCAAAACUCAAUGAAUCAGUCAAGCUGCUGAAUGUGACUUACGAGAAAAUCUCUGAAACCUCCUAUGAGAUCAAAUUAACAUUUGCCGUGAGUAACGUCAGCAUGCCAGUGGACAUUAAACAAAGAAACAGCACCUUUACACAUCUCGAGGAUGUUGUCAAUGUAGCGGUGAACACUCUUCUGAAUGAGCCUGGCAAAGCGUCUCUGCAACCCAACUCCUACAGUUUCCUGAGCACACCAAACAAAAUUAAUGGCUCUUUGAAUUAUAUGAUCGGAGACGGAGAUGCCAUACAACCAGUCAGCUUUCUACAAAAGCUCCAGUCACUCAAGGUAUCGUCCACUACAUCAGCAUCACCACUGACAACAAGCAGCUCACCUGUUAAGUUUGUAUCUGGUUCAGCAGUGGUUACAAGCACAUUGCAGUUCAACUCAUCUCCAGUGCCCAGUCAGGAUCUGGUCCUCAAAGCUAUCGGUGAUCUCCGAAACUCCAGAGAGUCACAACUCAAUGAAUCAGUAAAGCUGCUGAAUUUGACCUACAACAAAAUCUCUGAAAACUCCUAUGAGGUCAAAUUAACAUUUGCUGUGAGUAACUUCAGCAUGCCAGUGGACAUUAAACAAAGAAACAGCACCUUAACACAUCUCCAGGAUGUUGUCAAUGUUGCGGUGAACACUCUUCUGAAUGAGCCUGGCAAAGCGUCUCUGCAACCCAACUCCUCCAGUUUCCUGAGCACACCAAACCAAAUUAAUGGCUCUUUGAAUUAUAUCAUUCGAGAUGGAGAUGCCAUACAACCAGUCAGCUUUCUACAAAAGCUCCAGUCACUCAAGGGAUCGUCCACAACAUCAGCAUCACCACUGGCAACAAGCAGCUCACCUGUUAAGUUUGUAUCUGGUUCAGCAGUGGUUACAAGCACACUGCAGUUCAACUCCUCAUCUCCAGUGCCCAGUCAGGAUCUGGUCCUCAAAGCUAUCAGUGAUCUCCGAAACUCCAGAGAGUCAAAACUCAAUGAAUCAGUGAAGCUGCUGAAUGUGACCUAUGAGAAAAUCUCUGAAACCUCCUAUGAGGUCAAAUUAACAUUUGCUGUGAGUAACGUCAGCAUGCCAGUGGACAUUAAACAAAGAAACAGCACCUUAACACAUCUCCAGGAUGUUGUCAAUGUAGCGGUGAACACUCUUCUGAAUGAGCCUGGCAAAGCGUCUCUGCAACCCAACUCCUCCAGUUUCCAGAGCACACCAAACCAAAUUAAUGGCUCUUUGAAUUAUAUCACCCGAGAUGGAGAUGCCAUACAACCAGUCAGCUUCCUACAAAAGCUCCAGUCACUCAAGGUAUCGUCCACUACAUCAGCAUCACCACUGACAACAAGCAGCUCACCUGUGACAUUUGGUUCAGCAGUGGUUACAAGCAAACUGCAGUUCAACUCCUCAUCUCCAGUGCCCAGUCAGGAUCUGGUCCUCAAAGCUAUCGGUGAUCUACGAAACUCCAGAGAGUCACAACUCAAUGAAUCAGUGAAGCUGCUGAAUGUGACCUACGAGAAAAUCUCUGAAAACUCCUAUGAGGUCAAAUUUACAUUUGCUGUGAGUAACGUCAGCAUGCCAGUGGACAUUAAACAAAGAAACAGCACCUUUACACAUCUCCAGGAUGUUGUCAAUGUAGCGGUGAACACUCUUCUGAAUGAGCCUGGCAAAGCGUCUCUGCAUCCCAACUCCUCCAGUUUCCAGAGCACACCAAACCAAAUUAAUGGCUCUUUGAAUUAUAUCAUCCGAGAUGGAGAUGCCAUACAACCAGUCAGCUUCCUACAAAAGCUCCAGUCACUCAAGGGAUCAUCCACUACAUCAGCAUCACCACUGACAACAAGCAGCUCACCUGUGACAUCUGGUUCAGCAGUGGUUACAAGCAAACUGCAGUUCAACUCCUCAUCUCCAGUGCCCAGUCAGGAUCUGGUCCUCAAAGCUAUCAGUGAUCUCCGAAACUCCAGAGAGUCACAACUCAAUGAAUCAGUCAAGCUGCUGAAUGUGACCUACGAGAAAAUCUCUGAAACCUCCUAUGAGGUCAAAUUAACAUUUGCUGUGAGUAACGUCAGCAUGCCAGUGGACAUUAAACAAAGAAACAGCACCUUAACACAUCUCCAGGAUGUUGUCAAUGUUGCGGUGAACACUCUUCUGAAUGAGCCUGGGAAAGCGUCUCUGCAACCCAACUCCUCCAGUUUCCUGAGCACACCAAACCAAAUUAAUGGCUCUUUGAAUUAUAUCAUCCGAGAUGGAGAUGCCAUACAACCAGUCAGCUUCCUACAAAAGCUCCAGUCACUCAAGGUAUCGUCCACUACAUCAGCAUCACCACUGACAACAAGCAGCUCACCUGUGACGUAUGUGAACACUCUUCUGAAUGAGCCUGGGAAAGCGUCUCUGCAACCCAACUCCUCCAGUUUCCUGAGCACACCAAACCAAAUUAAUGGCUCUUUGAAUUAUAUAAUCCGAGAUGGAGAUGCCAUACAACCAGUCAGCUUCCUACAAAAGCUCCAGUCACUCAAGGUAUCGUCCACUACAUCAGCAUCACCACUGACAACAAGCAGCUCACCUGUGACAUUUGGUUCAGCAGUGGUUACAAGCAAACUGCAGUUCAACUCCUCAUCUCCAGUGCCCAGUCAGGAUCUGGUCCUCAAAGCUAUCGGUGAUCUACGAAACUCCAGAGAGUCACAACUCAAUGAAUCAGUCAAGCUGCUGAAUGUGACCUACAACAAAAUCUCUGAAAACUCCUAUGAGGUCAAAUUUACAUUUACUGUGAGUAACGUCAGCAUGCCAGUGGACAUUAAACAAAGAAACAGCACCUUUACACAUCUCCAGGAUGUUGUCAAUGUAGCGGUGAACACUCUUCUGAAUGAGCCUGGGAAAGCGUCUCUGCAACCCAACUCCUCCAGUUUCCAGAGCACACCAAACCAAAUUAAUGGCUCUUUGAAUUAUAUCAUCCGAGAUGGAGAUGCCAUACAACCAGUCAGCUUCCUACAAAAGCUGCAGUCACUCAAGGUAUCGUCCACUACAUCAGCAUCACCACUGACAACAAGCAGCUCACCUGUGACAUUUGGUUCAGCAGUGGUUACAAGCAAACUGCAGUUCAACUCCUCAUCUCCAGUGCCCAAUCAGGAUCUGGUCCUCAAAGCUAUCAGUGAUCUCCGAAACUCCAGAGAGUCACAACUCAAUGAAUCAGUCAAGCUGCUGAAUGUGACCUACAACAAAAUCUCUGAAAACUCCUAUGAGGUCAAAUUUACAUUUACUGUGAGUAACGUCAGCAUGCCAGUGGACAUUAAACAAAGAAACAGCACCUUUACACAUCUCCAGGAUGUUGUCAAUGUAGCGGUGAACACUCUUCUGAAUGAGCCUGGCAAAGCGUCUCUGCAUCCCAACUCCUCCAGUUUCCAGAGCACACCAAACCAAAUUAAUGGCUCUUUGAAUUAUAUCAUCCGAGAUGGAGAUGCCAUACAACCAGUCAGCUUCCUACAAAAGCUCCAGUCACUCAAGGGAUCGUCCACUACAUCAGCAUCACCACUGACAACAAGCAGCUCACCUGUGACAUCUGGUUCAGCAGUGGUUACAAGCAAACUGCAGUUCAACUCCUCAUCUCCAGUGCCCAGUCAGGAUCUGGUCCUCAAAGCUAUCAGUGAUCUCCGAAACUCCAGAGAGUCACAACUCAAUGAAUCAGUCAAGCUGCUGAAUGUGACCUACGAGAAAAUCUCUGAAACCUCCUAUGAGGUCAAAUUAACAUUUGCUGUGAGUAACGUCAGCAUGCCAGUGGACAUUAAACAAAGAAACAGCACCUUAACACAUCUCCAGGAUGUUGUCAAUGUUGCGGUGAACACUCUUCUGAAUGAGCCUGGGAAAGCGUCUCUGCAACCCAACUCCUCCAGUUUCCAGAGCACACCAAACCAAAUUAAUGGGUCUUUGAAUUAUAUAAUCCGAGAUGGAGAUGCCAUACAACCAGUCAGCUUCCUACAAAAGCUCCAGUCACUCAAGGUAUCGUCCACUACAUCAGCAUCACCACUGACAACAAGCAGCUCACCUGUGACAUUUGGUUCAGCAGUGGUUACAAGCAAACUGCAGUUCAACUCCUCAUCUCCAGUGCCCAGUCAGGAUCUGGUCCUCAAAGCUAUCGGUGAUCUACGAAACUCCAGAGAGUCACAACUCAAUGAAUCAGUCAAGCUGCUGAAUGUGACCUACAACAAAAUCUCUGAAAACUCCUAUGAGGUCAAAUUUACAUUUACUGUGAGUAACGUCAGCAUGCCAGUGGACAUUAAACAAAGAAACAGCACCUUUACACAUCUCCAGGAUGUUGUCAAUGUAGCGGUGAACACUCUUCUGAAUGAGCCUGGCAAAGCGUCUCUGCAACCCAACUCCUCCAGUUUCCAGAGCACACCAAACCAAAUUAAUGGCUCUUUGAAUUAUAUCAUCCGAGAUGGAGAUGCCAUACAACCAGCCAGCUUCCUACAAAAGCUCCAAUCACUCAAGGGAUCGUCCACUACAUCAGCAUCACCACUGACAACAAGCAGCUCACCUGUGACAUCUGGUUCAGCAGUGGUUACAAGCAAACUGCAGUUCAACUCAUCUCCAGUGCCCAGUCAGGAUCUGGUCCUCAAAGCUAUCAGUGAUCUCCGAAACUCCAGAGAGUCACAACUCAAUGAAUCAGUCAAGCUGCUGAAUGUGACCUACGAGAAAAUCUCUGAAAACUCUUAUGAGGUCAAAUUAACAUUUGCUGUGAGUAACGUCAGCAUGCCAGUGGACAUUAAACAAAGAAACAGCACCUUAACACAUCUCCAGGAUGUUGUCAAUGUUGCGGUGAACACUCUUCUGAAUGAGCCUGGCAAAGCGUCUCUGCAACCCAACUCCUCCAGUUUCCUGAGCACACCAAACCAAAUUAAUGGCUCUUUGAAUUAUAUCAUCCGAGAUGGAGAUGCCAUACAACCAGUCAGCUUCCUACGAAAGCUCCAGUCACUCCAGGGAUCGUCCACUACAUCAGCAUCACCACUGGCAACAAGCAGCUCACCUGUGAUAUCUGGUUCAGCAGUGGUUACAAGCACAUUGCAGUUCAACUCCUCAUCUCCAGUGCCCAGUCAGGAUCUGGUCCUCAAAGCUAUCGGUGAUCUCCGAAACUCCAGAGAGUCACAACUCAAUGAAUCAGUCAAGCUGCUGAAUGUGACCUACGAGAAAAUCUCAGAAAACUCCUACAAGGUCAAAUUAACAUUUGCUGUGAGUAACGUCAGCAUGCCAGUGGACAUUAAACAAAGAAACAGCACCUUUACACAUCUCCAGGACGUUGUUAAUGUAGCGGUGAACACUCUUCUGAAUGAGCCUGGCAAGGCGUCUCUGCAACCCAACUCCUCCAGUUUCCUGAGCACACCAAACCAAAUUAAUGGCUCUUUGAAUUAUAUCAUCCGAGAUGGAGAUGCCAUACUACCAGUCAGCUUCAUACAAAAGCUCCAGUCACUCAAGGGAUCGUCCACUACAUCAGCAUCACCACUAAAAACAAGCAGCUCACCUGUAAAUUUUGUAUUUGGGUCAGCAGUGGUUACAAGCAAACUGCAGUUCAACUCCUCAUCUCCAGUGCCCAGUCAGGAUCUGGUCCUCAAAGCUAUCAGUGAUCUCCAAAACUCCAGAGAGUCACAACUCAGUGAACCAGUGAAGCUGGUUAAUGUCAGUUAUACAAAAACUUCAGAAACCUCCUAUGCAGUUCUUUUGACAUUUGUUCUGAGUAACAUCAGCAUGCCAGAAAAACCUGAGCUCAGAAACAACACAUUCCAGCUAGUGCAGGAUACUACAAAUAAUGCGCUGAACACUCUCCUGAAUGAGCCUGGCAAGGCCAUUUUUAAACCCAAUUCCUCCAACUUCUCGAGCACACAAAACAAGAUUGAGGGCAGUAUGGAAUAUGACUUCCAGGCUGAAGAUACCAUAAAACCCGUCAGUUUCCUCAAUAAUCUUCAUUUACCUCCUGGCACAACAACAACCAACACUCCGGUGACAAACACAACUUCGCUGGGAGAAGUGAUUAUUUACAUUAGACUGGUGUUUAUCACAGUGAAGAGUUCUCCAAAUGAGAGUACUGUUCUACAGUUAGCUUACUCUCUAUUAGAUGCACGUCUCAGAACCAAACGAGAUGUCCCACAACUGAGUGAUCCUGUAAGCUUUGUGGAUGUCACCUAUCAGAGAAUAUCUGAAAAAGUCUUUGCCCUCAAUUUUGGAUAUAUAAUCAACAAUGUGACAAUUGCUCAGAACCCGGUGCUGAAAAAUCAAACACUCGAGUUAAUUCAGAAAUCUAUAAAUAAACUGCUAAAUCAAAUCCUAAGUUCCCCAACAGCUACUCCUUAUCAGUUCAAACAAGCCAAUUUCACGGGUAAUUCCACUGUGAUCCGGGCUGAUGUGGAGUAUGUUUUCUCAGACAAUGACAUUAAAUCACCCAGCCCCUUUAUUAAAGAACUCAUUCUCAAAAUAAAUGGUAGCGUCACGUCUGGACCUGCUACAACCACCUUUUACCCCACAGUGGUGGCCACAACUGGGCGAAACAACAGCACUAGUGCAGCAUGGGUUGUGGCUAUAAUUGUUCCCUGUGCUAUAGCCAUCAUGCUUAUACCUUGCUGGAUUCUCCUUUGUUGUUUGCUCUGUGGUUGCUGUGCAGGAGUGAGAAGACGCUGGGAUAGACGGCGGUCGUACAACAUUCGCUACUAUAUUCACAACCUCUAAAAAAAUUAAAUAUAUAAAAAAUGUAUUGCAUUGAAAAGAUAUUCUGUCCUGUGUUGCUGGGCAUACAGGAUGUCUAGAGAACUGUGAUUAAUGUGAUGUUUUUACUACUGAAGGAUUUAUUUAUUUGAUAAUUAUGUGUUAUGUAAUAUUAUGUAAAUUAAUUAUUGUAUAUAAUUAUUAAUAAUAUAAUUAUAAUAACAGUAAUAGUAACAAAUUAUGUAAACAUUACUGUUGAUCUUGUUUUCCAAAUUUAAUUUAUUUGAAAGUAAAUGUUUUAUUUUUGGGGGACAAAAUUAGAAUGUGUUUAUAAUAACUUAUUUAUUCACACUUUAAGCACUUUAUCUACAGAAAACAUAAAAAAUGUUAGAUUCUAAUAUUAUCCACCUGUGUAAUUUAUUGUAACCUUAUGGAAAUGUGCAAAUUGUGCAAAACAGCAUUCACAUGCAUAGAGGACAAAUACACUAUACAGCCACAAGUUAAGAAGACUAUGUAUUUUAACCAUUAUUGUAAUGAUUUCAAUUAAAGACAAAUUAUAAAUGACCAUGUUCCUCAAAUCUGAAUAUGCAGUGCAAAGUUGUAAUAGACUUUGCGGCUGGGCCCUCAGUGGCUGACAUAUUAUUAAAUAUAAAUAAAUAAUAAACCCUUACAAUACUUUA